GUUACAGGCACAAUGGCUAAAAAAGACAUUCAGCUGCUCCAGUACGUACAGUCCUCAGUGGCAUGCCAUUUUGCAGUGACGCAUUUUAGGACCAACCCCCUUCCACACUGUGACACACACAUGCUCCACCUAGCACUUAUCUCUGAGUGAUAGCCUCACUGCUGUGUGCCCCUUGACCUUUUGAGGAUGGUAUAAAUAGUCAUCUAGGUUUUCACAGUUCUCCUGGCAGCCAACAUGAAGGUCUUAGUUUAUAUCUUGUGUUUCAUCUUUCUACUGGCCCUGGCCACAACAGCAGAGGAGGAGGAGGAGGUAUUGGAUUCUGUUCUGAGAGACAGAUCUCACAUCGAUGAGACAUUAAGAUUGGCAUCAGAGGAGAAUGCAGGAAACUAUGCAGCUGCUUUGCAGAAACUGAGAUCAAUCUACCACAAUUCCAUCAAGCCUAUGGAACAUGCGUACAAAUACAAUGAGCUUAGACAACAUGAAAUCUCAGCAUACCCUGGACGCACCCUGGGGGAUUCAGCCACAGAUGGAGAGAUCACCUCCAAACCCAUGGUCCUGUUUCUUGGCCCCUGGAGUGUUGGGAAAUCCUCUAUGAUAAACUAUUUGCUGGGCCUGCAAGACACUCCUUAUCAGUUAUACACUGGAGCUGAGCCCACUACCUCCGAGUUCACUGUGAUCAUGCAUGGUGACAAAGUUCGGUCUGUAGAGGGCAUUGUAAUGGCUGCUGACAGUUCCCGCUCUUUUUCCCCCCUUGAGAAAUUUGGCCAGAAUUUUCUAGAGAAGCUUAUUGGCAUUGAGAUGCCUCACAAGCUCUUAGAGCGUGUAACAUUUGUGGAUACACCAGGAAUCAUUGAGAACCGCAAACAACAGGAGAGAGGGUAUCCCUUUAAUGAUGUAUGCCAGUGGUUUAUUGACCGUGCUGACCUGAUAUUUGUGGUAUUUGACCCCACCAAGUUGGAUGUUGGCCUUGAGCUAGAGAUGCUCUUCAGGCAACUGAAAGGUCGAGAAUCACAGAUACGGAUCAUCCUCAACAAAGCUGACAGCCUGGCCACUCAGGAUCUUAUGCGCGUUUAUGGUGCUUUGUUCUGGAGCCUUGCACCCCUUAUUAAUGUGACUGAGCCCCCACGUGUGUACGUCAGCUCCUUCUGGCCCUAUGACUAUGCCCCAGAGACCAGUCAUGAGUUAUUUAAGCGCGAGGAAAUUUCUCUCCUGGAAGACUUAAACCAGGUGAUUGAGAAUCGCCUAGAGAAUAAGAUUGCCUUCAUUCGUCAACAUGGCAUUCGUGUACGCAUCCAUGCCCUGCUGGUGGAUCGUUAUGUGCAAACAUUUAAGGAGAAAAUGAGCUUCUUCAGUGACCCUGAAUUGGUGUUCAGGGAGAUUGUGGAUGACCCAGAUAAGUUCUACAUCUUUAAGUCUAUCUUGGCCAAGACCAACGUCAGCAAGUUUGAUCUGCCCAAUCGUGAUGCAUACCGUGACUUUUUCGGCAUCAACCCAGUAAAUACUUUCAAGCAGCUCUCUGCCCAGUGUUCUUAUAUAGGUGGCUGCCUACUUGAUAAGAUUGAACGGGCCAUUACCACUGAUUUGCCAGGACUUCUGAGCAGUAUCCACUCUAAUAAAAACCCUACCCUGUCAUCCUGUGAGGCCACUGGCUGCGGAGAGAAGCCAAAGAACAGAUACCGACGAAACUGAGAAAAAAAAAUAGUGAUGUCACAUGGCAAUAUUGGUAGCACAUGAGUUGGGGAAACAAUUCCUACUCCUGUCACAGGUCUCAGAUUUUAAGGAGACAUGCAGUAACUGAAUUCUUUUUAGCAUUUCUCUUUCAUUGGUAAAAAAAUUAAGGGGUUUUUGAUGAAGUUAAAUUUUGAUGAAGUUGCCUGUUUUGGACACUACAUUAAUUAACUGUGAUACAUCUGGAAAGAAAAAUGUAUAAUCUUGUGGCAAAAAUAUGAGACUGAUGCAUUCACAAUGCAUCAGUCUUUUACAAUAUGUAAAAAUCACAAUUUACAAUAUGUAAAAAAAACACAAAAUGUUUCUACAUUUGUUUCAGUUGUGGUUUUGCAAACAAAAUGUCUAUAAAAAGUAAAUAACCGCAUCAGCUCAUAGUAACAACAUUCUGUUUUUUUCAAAGGUUGACUUUAUUUGUAGACUCAUGACUAGACUUGGAUCUUUCUCAUGUUAUAUUCUAUUUUGGGAAGAUCACUUUGCAUGUUUAGUUAUAGAAGACUUUAUUGGGGGCACAUAUUCAUACAUUUCUACUUAGUCUCUUUAAGAACAUUUUCAUAGUAAAGUAUCUCUUCUUAUAAUAAUUUCGAUAUGAAUUUAAUGUGUCUUUUGAAAUGUUAACUUAAAUGUCAUAUAAGUAAGCUUUUUUCUAUACAUUUCAGGCAUUUUGAAGCGACACCUCUUUUUUAAAUGCUUACUUCAUUUUAGAGGAUUAUUUGCCUGUGUUUAAAUGUGUAGCCGAUGUUUAUUAAGAAGUGAAUAGAAGUGCAGUACCAUGUGAAUGUCCAAGUGGCAAAAUAAAUAAAUGUGCUUGUGAUUGUAAAA